AUGACGGCUGGCAGCGGUGAGUCAGCGAAUGGCCAUCCACAGAAUGGCCAUCCACAGAAUGGCCAUCCACAGAAUGGCCAUCCACAGAAUGGCCAUCCACAGAAUGGCCAUCCACAGAAUGGCCAUCCACAGAAUGGCCAUCCACAGAAUGGCCAUCCACAGAAUUCGCCCUACAAUAGCCACCGAACUCCCAGAAUGGAUCCAGCAAGAUCCAUUCUUGCUGGAAAAAUGGAUCCAGCAAGAUCCAUUCUUGCUGGAAAAAUGGAUCCAGCAAGAUCCAUUCUUGCUGGAAAAAUGGAUCCAGCAAGAUCCAUUCUUGCUGGAAAAAUGGAUCCAGCAAGAUCCAUUCUUGCUGGAAAAAUGGAUCCAGCAAGAUCCAUUCUUGCUGGAAAAAUGGAUCCAGCAAGAUCCAUUCUUGCUGGAAAAAUGGAUCCAGCAAGUGGUGCACCGGUGAAGCAAAAGAGUGGUCUUACCACAGUAAGGAACAGUAAAGGCCAGGUACCAGAGGCCGUCAAGAUGGGCAUCGCUAGUACUUCUAUCAGAGAAACAAGCAGUCCGGACAUCUUAAUUUGCGGCAAUUGUCGGGAGCUGUUUUCCAACCUCAGUGACUUCAUCGACCAUCGACGGACCUAUUGCAAGCUCAGGUUCACUUGCAAGUGUUCCUCUCACAAUGGUGUCAUGCGUACAGAGGAGAGUGCUCUGCUACUCUGCGCACUCUGCAAGGAGAACUUUGCAUCUGCCUGGGACUUGAUGGUCCACGCACAGGCUGCUCACAUGGUUAAUAUCUACCAAUUGGGAUCCAAGGACACCCUACAGGAUAGCGGCACGUGCAGCACGGCCGAGGACAGCACGGCAGGCAGCACGCCCGCUAGUGACCUCGGAGGUGACAUGAGUACGGAGAGUAACGGUGGCGAGGCGCGCGGCGAGGCGAGCGACUGUGCCAAGAUGGAGGAAGACCCCAGGGCACCCCUUCCCAAGCAGAAUGGCGUUGGUGGAGAGGAGGAAGGAGAAGGGAGCAGGGAACUAAUGAACGGCGCGUCACCAAUGCCGCAACAGACAGAGUUGGAGCGAAGCGAGGCGGUGGUAACCCAGUGAACCACAUCAACCACACCACCACCAGAACCCAAACCCCACCUCAACCCUCCCUCCGCCCCCUCCUGCACCUCACAACACCUCCCUACUCUCCGCCCCCUCAACCCCCCAAGCCUUUCCGCAGUUACCCCUCUCUUACCACCAUUGCGACAACAGCUACAGAAAACGGCACUAAGUUAUUCAAGAAACCUAUUGGGUGAAACUUAGAGUCGUCCUCGACUUCCAGUAACGUAAUCCUCGGGCCUUGUGGUUGACAGGAAUACUGCCUCAGUAUUUUCAGGCAAAACAAUAGCCUAUAUCUUUUUGCAAACUAUUGUGCGUAACUUGUUUCUCCUGGAUGUGUAUUUUCUGUCAUUUAGUUUCAUAUAAUCAAAGCCUAUUCAUUCAGCAAUGAUUUUUUGCUUCAGAGAAAAGAAAUCACAGGUUGCAAUCCGAGUGCACCUCUCAAUAGUGAGGAGAUGGGCUCAAGGUCACGACAUGCACAACUGCCUUAAGACUGACUUCACUCCUACACAGCAACACAAUAUUGUGUUCUUUGAAUCAUCACAAUAAUCUUCCUCCCCCAUCCUCCCCCAUCAUCUUCAACACUGUUGUCAGAUGACGAAAAUCCACUUACCGUAGCGUAGGUGUCAAACUGUAUAGGUAUAUUGAGAGAGAGAGAAAAAAAAUAUUCUACAGACAGGCAGGGAAGACGUAAAUGAUCAGUCUCCUGUAGCUGUGUUGGUGUGGUUCUCCAAGCUGCCGCCAGGGAAGCAAUGGGAAUCGAAGGGACUGAAAUGGGCCCAAGGAAGAGCAGAUUGAAGGUCACAUAGGGGCCGCUCACGCCCACCAAAGGCUCGGAAAGUUUGCUAUGAAUCUCCAAAAAGUCGCCAGAAAGAAGUCCCUCACUUCACACAUACGCUGUCACUCGAGGUCAAGUCACACUCAGGGUAACGGUAUUGGUAACGAGGAAUCAUCGUGCCUCGUUAGUCCACAAAGAACCACGCCCUGAAAACGGUGAGAUUGGACACUGGUAGUGUAAAAAUAACGUGUACAGAGAGUUAUGAGAGAUAUAUAUAAAAUCUUGCAACAAGUGAAUUGUACCACGGUGGCGGAAGCUUCGUAGUGAGGUGAUAGGUGACUCGAAACGGAACCAAUGAGACAGUGUGUAUGGUACUGCACUUCAGUAGUGUCAAGACCUCACUCCCUUAAAGUGGUGAUCUUCAAGGCCGAAGAGAAUUGCUCCCUGGUAUGAACGAGAUCGCUUAACCCAGCUAGUUUGGAGGUAUCUAAGAUGGUAUUGUUGGGUGGUUGUGGUACCCUGGUGGCGGUAUGGUAUAGUCUUAUAUUCUAGUCUACUAGAAUAUAUAUUUAAUUCUAGUAUUUCAAUUAAACUGUAAUGUAGGUGAGAAAUGCAAAACAAAAAAAGAGUGGACAUGUGUGGUAAUUACAAGACUUCCGACGACUCGUUUAAGUUGUGACAAAUAGACAAAGGCCCACAAUAGUUUAAUUUGUAAAACAUUUGUGUAUUUGGUUUAUGAUGUGAGUGUAAGGAAAAUUAAUUAGAAAUCAUUUUGGAAGACAUAUCGUAAGGGGUUUUGUUUUCAUUUGGUAUUAAUAAGAUUUCAAGCAUUUUGUUUCUCAGUGGCAAUAUUUGUUAGUAUAUUUAGAACAGGGAUCACAUAUGGAGUCAGUAUUAUCCAAGAUGAUAUUAAGCAAUCAUUCAAAUGCUGUGAUGUGAACAUUAGGGUAAAUUUUGUCACUUUGAACCAUUAAUAGAUAAUAGUAUAGAGUCUUUUCAUAUGAAUCUUUAUAGAGUAAAGAUUCUCUUAUCAAUCAAAGUUUAAAACAAAAAAAACACAAAAAAAGACGUGCGGAUCAGAUCUCUAAAACAUGUUUCCUUAAAGCAUCAACGAAGACCCUCUCAGCCCGGACUCUCGCCACCGACUGAACCUUCAGCGCCUCUGGCGGCCAGGCUAGCGAAGUUCGGCUGUGACGUCACGCAUGUAAACAUUAGAGAGAUCUUAGUGCCUCUUCCACCAAUCGCAGAAUCCUGUUUCAGUGUCACCUGCGUGACGUCAUACUUGAUUCCCGUCUGUUUCUGCCCUCACUUCUAAGGAAAGAGGGAGUGAAUGAUACAAGGAGAUGCCGUUGACAAAUCCCGAUGCAAUAAAGCUUCAUUGAAGAGUUUUUUGUUAGUGAAGCACCACGACUUCAAAAAGUAAAUGACAAUCGGUUUUCCAUCAUUGUAAUAGGGGGAAAGUUGACAUAUUUAGUUUAUGACUAUUGUAGUUGUUACUCCUCAUAUUUCAGCCAUAUUGUCGGCUGUCUAUUGUAAUACAUAUCAAGGUUAGGGGGAGUAGAGUAGUAUGGGUAGAGGGAGGGGGGCAUUAGACGUGACUCGCACUCUCCACUUCUGUCCUAGAAAGUAUAUAUAUAGGAGUUAGGGAAAACGGAGUUAGGGGUCACUGUGCCAAAAAUACGAGUAGCCAUAGAAUUUGACAUGACUCCCGUAAAGGGACAGAUACCCCAAUUAAUAAAUGGGUAGGGAAUCAAUUAGCAUUGUAGGUCAGAAUAGCUGCCCCUUUCUUGCAGUGAAGGUCGUGGGUCGCUCAGUCCCUAGCAUGUGUGUGUGUAUGUCAAUCUGGGAGAAUUUUGAGCACGACCCCUCUAUAUUUUCGGCUUUUUCUAUCCUCAAACUUGGUGAACAGCCGCUCAGAGUUAUCGCUCAAGUGCUCAUCAGGUUUCAAGUGUCGUGUCAGAGUUCGGGCCCCGUGUGGAAGACUUCUGCUUAUCGAGGAAUAACAUUUAAUAAAAGAUCGCCAAAGAUCGCCUUUGUUUCGUGUACAAAUCUCUCAAAUGAUCUGUGAAGACAUGGCUUUGUUGGUUGUUUAAAGGAUAACUUUAGAAUUAGGUACAUAUCAUCAAUCAUGUCUUUGUCUUAGAGUUGCGAUCGAGUCAGCUGCUGUUUUGACUCCCGUUGUAAGUCGCCAGAAGGGAGAAAAUGCGCUGUGAAAAAAAAAACAAUAAUAAGCCUUACAGGGCCCACUCGAGACAAACGGCAGCUGAUUGGGUUUCAUUUAGUCCUAUAAUCUAUGUUGAUUUGGAAUUUGGAUUGAACAUCCCCCCUCCUACCCCCCCUCCCCCUUUGUAGGUGUUAAGGGAUAAUGACAAUAACUUAUUGGGAUAUCGGUAGUUAUCCAAUUUGAGGUAUUUCUGAUACAACUCCAGUUAAAUGGUGCACAUUUAGCGAGUCUUUGUAACUGGCGAACUGCCCAGUUUGUUAGCAGUCUCGACGGACCCCCCAAGUCUUAGUCUCUUUUCAUACGAAGUUGAUCGACGUUAAUACGUUCAAACUUUCUAAAACUAGUCAUAGAAGUAUAUCAUCGAACUUAUAUUUCUUUUCCCUAUAUGUGAGAAGAUCUUCAGCUCCUGAGCCUUCAAGCAGAAGACGCAAGGGGGGCCCGCAGUUCCCCAAGCAGCAGAGGCAAGAGGCCUGCAGUUCCCCAAGCAGCAGAGGCAAGGGGCCCGCAGUCCCCCAAGCAGCAGAGGCAAGGGGCCCGCAGUCUCCCAAGCAGCAGAGCCAAGGGGCCCGCAGUCUCCCAAGCAGCAGAGGCAAGAGGCCCGCAGUUCCCCAAGCAGCAGAGGCAAGGGGCCCGCAGUCCCCCAAGCAGCAGAGGCAAGGGGCCCGCAGUCUCCCAAGCAGCAGAGCCAAGGGGCCCGCAGUCCCCCAAGCAGCAGAGCCAAGGGGCCCGCAGUCCCCCAAGCAGCAGAGGCAAGGGGCCCGCAGUCCCCCAAGCAGCAGAGACAAGGGGCCCGCAGUCCCCCAAGCAGCAGAGCUAAGGGGCCCGCAGUCCCCCAAGCAGCAGAGGCAAGGGGCCCGCAAUCUCCCAAGCAAGGGGAACACUAAUUCCUCCACACAGCAAAUGCGAGAGAGCUGCAAGUCUCACAAUACAGAAGGGGGGGAAGCUACGUGUAAACAAAGUAGCAGAAACGAAGACUGAGGCCACAAAUCCCCCAAAGAGACCAAAAGUCCCCAAGCCAGUAGAGACAAGGAAGCCUCAACUCCUCUACAUACAGCGGAGGUGAGGACCUGCAACUCCCUCAAGCUGAGGAUAAAAAGGCUUCAACUCCCCCCUCGAGGGACAGUGGUAAGAAGGCCGUGAUUUCCCCCGAGCCGCAACAGCAGCCAUGAUAGGCCGAGAGUUGGCGAGCCGCUCACAUAUGCCGUUGUCUUGUACACACAUUAGAAAGAAAGGAUAGGGUCAACUUGGUCUUUCUUUUAGUUACCCCUCGCCCUCUUCCCCAGUAGAUGUGCUGUGGUGAUGCAGCAUAUACACUGAUGCGGCCAUUCUUCUCUUUUUCCCCCUUUUCCUGUAAUGUUUCGCGAAUAUAUAUUUAGAUAAAUGCAUUUACUAAAUACUAGUAUUUGUAUUUGUAUUUAGCAAAAUAAUGAUAAUUUGCGUUGUUUUUUUAGCAUUUGUGUAUGCGUGUCAGUGUGUGUGUGAAUGCGAGAAUGUUUUAGUGUGUGUGUUAAUCUUUGUAAAUUUUUAUUUCUCAAUAUUAGUAAUGUCUGCCUUUUUCAGUGUCAUUUCAGAAUUUAAGUAUAACAAUCAAAUCUUACAAGUUAAACUACCUUUAGAUUUGCCCAUUUUCUGAAACUGUAUUAGAUAAAAGCUACCGAGAAACUUGAGAAUAUGCAACUAUCUUCCAUUUCCUUGAAGUGUUCCUUUAGAAUAUGUUGUUCGCGAAACAGAUGAAAUAGGAGAAUGGCCUAAUUUAAAAUAGUUUAGUACUGUAACUCAGCAUUUUUACAUGACCACUAAUAUUAAAGGAGGCGUUUCAUGAGUAGGGGUUUCCUGUUUGAAAGCUGUUAAGCUAUGAUAGACCAGAGAGUCGACCAUUUUUAAAGGAUUGGAGGAAACUUGACAGUUCAGGCGAGCUGUUCACGUCUUGUCAUGUUGUAAACCUCUGAUUCAGGAGUAUUGAUGAAGCUGUCAAAGGUGUUCUCUGAGGAAUGACGACAGAUUCGUCAGGGAAGGUGAAUCAUCACCCUCCAGCUUCGCCACCUGUCAGCUGUGUGUGUGUGUGUGGUUGUCUCUGGACGCAGGCAUCACGCCUUACAGACGCCGGCGACUGUACAAGAAUUAAUGUGUACCCACCUGUUCAACCCUGGAUAAGUUUGGUGACUCAUUAAGGUAUCCAUAUGCUUUUAUAACUCUAUGAACAUGUAAAUUCUUGUGGUAUUUUUUUUUUUUUAGGAAUAUUGUCCUUUUGGCAACUUUGGUUGCUUGUGCUGACCCCUAUUUUGAAUGCCAAUCACUAAUUUUCUUUGUGUUCUUUGCCAAUUCCCAGAAUUGAUAAAGUGAAGGAAAUCAAUUGUGAGAGAUUUUGAUAAGUGUUAUAGUUUGAUUUUGCUGUUUUCGUACCUCGAAUCAACACUAAAAAAUAUAUAAAUUUAAAUAUGUUUAUCCUACAAUUCUUUUUCCCCUUUUCGCCUAAGCUACUUAGGUUGCAGAAUUUCCCCUUCUCCCCCCAAGUACAAUAGUGGGUGCUGCUACUCAGUACUCACUCAUUGUCAGCAAUAAAGCACAUGCUAUAAUAAUUCGUGUCGAUAUGCAGACGAGGAGUCACAAUAACGUGGCUGAAAUAUGUUGACCAAACCACACACUAGAAGGUGUAGAGACGACGACGUUCCGGCCCAUCCAGGACCAUUCUCAAGUCGACGGUCACACUUUCUAAGUGUGUGUGGUUUGGUCAACAAUUCGUGUCGCUUGAAGGAGGGAAAUGAUUGAUGAUUAGUGAUGAUUAUGUGAGCGGUAGACAGCUGCUAAGGCUUCCCAUGUCUAUAAGAAUCAUUGUACAUUAUAGCUUAGUGGAAGCCAAAAAGUGAUACCAACUGCACCUCUCUCAUUCAUGACAAUUUCUGGGAAAAAUAUGCUAAAAAAAUUUAGUUUUUCAUGAAACUUAUUGAGGGCCAAUAUAAAUAACUUAUGACACUUUAUUCUCGUAUUAGGAGAUCCAAACUUCAAAGAAUUAUUUGAGCUGGUCUCCAGCGGUCUCCAGCCUAUCUCUCAAGAUGUCAUUCAGGAUCUGUUGGUUAGCGGUGGUCAUCUUUAUAUACAGUACUGUGUUAAGUGUACGUUAUUAUAAUGAAUGUUUUGUAACAGUUGGAAAGUAAAAAUUGUUACGAC